AUGAAGCCGCCCGGCGGCGGCGGACAUCGCGACCACCACCACCGCGGCGGCGACCAGGAGAUGGUGCGCCUCACCGCCGCCGUGGACGGGGUGGAGAGCGCGAGACGCGUCGGCUCCUCGGACGCGUCGGACGGCGAUGACGAGGAGACGGCGUCGGGGGACAAGGCGGCGCCGUGGUGGAUUCGCCGCGGGCCGUGCGCCGACGCCGUCGCGCUGACGCAGACGAUGACGUACACCCUCGGCUUCGGCGUCCUCGGCCUCCUCGUCGGCCUCAUCGGCCCCUCGCUCCCGACGCUGCGAACGAACGCGGGGGUGGCGUAUGAACGCCUCGGCGUCGUGUUCCUCGCGCGAUGGAUCGGGGGCGUCGCCGGCUCCGCCAUCGGGGGCUUCGCCCUGGACGCCGCGCCGCGCUCGCACGCGCCCAUGUGCGUCGGCAUCGUCGUCGCCGUCCUCGGCGCCGUUCGCAUCCCCGCCGCGCGCACCUUAAACGCGCUCCUCCUCGCGUUCCUCGUCACCGAUCUCGGCCUCGGCGUCCUCAUCGUGUACGGAAACACCCUCGGGACGUGGGCCAACGCGCGCAACCCGGGGCCCGCGGUGAACGUCAUCAACGGCGGGUUCGGCCUCGGCGCGCUCGUGGCGCCGCUCAUCGUGUACGCCGCGCUGGACGUGAGCCCGGGCGUCGGCGUGACCGGCGCGUAUUGGACCGUGGCCGUCGCGGCGAUUUCGGUCGCGAUGUACUCGAGCCGUGUCGUCGCGCCGGCGAGGCCGGAGGAGGGCAAGGAAGAUGAGGAGGAGGAUGGGGGCAAGGAGGAGGGGGGCAAGGAGCAAGGGGGUGCCGAGGGUGCCGCCGAGGGUGCCGCCGAGGGUGCCGCCGAGGGUGCCGAGGUGGCCGCUAACCGCCGCGCGAGUUCAUCGACCGAUUCUCCUAUCGGUCCCGGCGCGGCGACGGCGGCGACGGCGGUUUUCAUCGCGCUCGUCGUCGGCGUCGAGACCAGCUUCGGCGCCUUCCUCGUGUCGUACUGCAUCGGCGUGGGCGGUGAGGUCGGGGAGAAGGAGGCGGACCUCGCGACGACGGCGUUCUGGACGACGUUCACGCUUGGGAGGUUCGCGGCGGCGGGGUUGGUCGCUCGGACCCGACCGGCGGCGACGCUGUCGGGGCACUGCGCGUGCGUGUGCGUCGCGCUCGCGGUGGUGCUCGGCGGCCGGGGUUCUCGGGUGAGCGUGUGGUUCGGGAGCGUCCUGUUCGGCGCGGGGAUGAGCAGCGUGUUCGCCGCGGCGGUGGCGCACCUGCACGAGCUGCUCGGCCCGGGCGGGAUGAGCGGCGGCGCGGGGGGUUGGAUAUCGGCGGGCGCGAGCAGCGGGACGCUGGUGAUGCUGGCGACGUCGCAGGCGCUGGGGACGCCGGACGCGGUGAUGGCGACGCUGCUGGCGCUGAGCGUGUGCGCGAUGGGGACGAUGGUGGCGGUGUGGACGCGGGUGGGAUGGAGACGCGCGUUCGGGUCGACGGGACGGGACGAGCGGAUGCGUCGUCGUUGA